AGAGUUUCUCUUGGCUCCUUCCCCUUUCAUUCCCAUUCACACCAUUCAAAAUCCAAACAAGCCACCACAUGAAUGGCGAAUGCAAGUUUUGGAAACUAUGCAAAAAUUGUGUGACUCUCAACUAAAAAUUAGUUGCAUCGGGAUAAGUGAGUUUCCCUUUCAACCUUCCGUAGUAAACAUAUAUCGAGUAUACUCACCAAUCGGUAGAUAUGAUAUCUUUGAACUGUCAGUUUUUCUUGUAUACUAAGACAACAUAUGUCACACAACUAACUCUUAUCCGUUCAUUGGUUCUCAUCGUUGUGUUCGUUUGUGCACAAGUGCGUUUAUUAACGUCAAUCUUUGCUGAUCAGACUAUUGAACUUCACCGGUCUUAGAAUGAGUGUAUAGUUUAACUUAGGCGUUUUCCAAGAUAAUGCUCCUCAUCAAUCAUAAACGCCUCCAUUUAAUGGAUUAUACAUUUUGGUUCAUCCGGUGAGUUUUUUUUUGGUAUAAUACACCAAAAAAGAACACGGGACCAACAAUGGAGCGGGGUGGACGGAGGCCGAAUGGGCCGAGCAGAGCGGGAGGCCCAGGAGGACUUGGCGGGCUGGGAGGACUGGACGGACAGGGCGGGUCCGGAUAGCCGAACAGGCCAGGAGGAGUGCACGGGCCAGGAGGACUGGGAGGCCGAUUGGACUAGAAGGGCCGGGUGGGCUGGAUUGGCCGAUUGAGCCAGGAGGCGGGCCCAGUGGAAGGAGGAGGCGAGCCGAGGGAUCGUGUGCUGAGUCUGGCCAGACUCGCGAUUAUGGUUCGGGUCGGUUGGAUGAGCAAACCGGUCCAUUUCGUCAGAAGUUGGCUCGAUUGGAGUUUCCGAAAUAUAACGGGAGCGAGGAUCCAUCUGCAUGGUUCGCACGAGUAGAGCUGUUCUUUAAAUUUCAGGACACUCCGGAAGAACAUAGGUGCUCUUGGAAUCUUAUCACAUGGAAGGAGAUGCCAAUCAGUGGUGGCAAUGGUUGGAUCGCGCUUACACAACGUCGAGGUUGACCAUGACAUGGCUCCGGUUUUGUGAAAAGUUAUGGGCAAGGUUUGGUCCGUUCGACAAUGUCUCUUGCCACGAGGCGCUAGCCAAAAUCGAGCAAACCGGUUCCUUGAGUGACUACUUGUUGACUUUUGAGAAACUGGGUAAUCGGUGCUUUGGGUGGACUGAAGAAGCGCUAGUGGGCUCAUUCAUGGGUGGGCUCAAAUAUGAAAUUUCUGAUGCAAUUCGCAUGUUCAAGCCAGAAACUAUGCGGGAGGCAAUACGACUUGCUAAGGUGAAAACUGCAGAGCUGGAAAAACAUCGAGGAGUGCAAAGGAAUCCAGCGCGAGGACCCUUGGAGGCCGCGGUCGAGCCACCACCGCCUCCGUCGCGGGUCGCACCACCGCGCAACCCAAAUGCGAGAAGGAUGUCGCCAGAAGAGGUAGCACGUCGUCGGGCGCAAUGACUCUGCUUCCAUUGCGACGAACGCUUCACGAUUGGCCAUCGUCGUCCCAACAAGAACGUGCUACUAAUGAUAGGCGCAUGCACCGACGAGGAGGAGGGUCAAUCCGUUCACGAAGAUGACCAACCUUGAGGGCAAGGUUGCUGCGAAGAGGGGAGGAAUGUAACGAGAAUCAAACAAUCGUAACUAUUGGGCUUCAAUACGGGCUUGGAUAUUUUAUUAUCUAGUAUUUUAGUGUUAUUUUUCUUUAUUAUUGCUUUCAUUGUUCGAGUAGGAUUUGGUUUAUUGUUUAGGAGUUUUAUAUUACAUCCUUGUAGUUUGGGUUUCAUGUUUUGGUUAGGAAAAAGAAACAGGAGGUCGCAGGCCUAGUAGGAAGAGGAUUGGGAUUUCGGGUUUUCCUAUCCUAUAAAUAUGUACUCAUAUUCUAGUUUAAUGUCAUGUUGAAGAUUGGAACCCAAUAGUAGUUGUAGUUAUCUUCGUUCCUCUGAACAUUCUCUUCGUUCUAACUCUCUUUCUUACGAAUAUCUUUCAACAUCGUCGACGCUAGUUACGUAAAGGUUAUCACCGGAGAAAUACAUGUAACAAGCCUCAAUAAAAUAAGUAACGAGGAUUAGCUUAUUAGUGAUAUGUGACCCGCUGUAAUUAGUGCGUUCAAUAGUUAGUUUUUAGUUAUCGUUAACGUACACUAAUUAUUGUAGAGUACAUAUAUGAAUAGAAAAAUCAGAGAAAGGGCAUUCUAACAAGUUCUCCCAAAAUACCAGCUCAUUCUUAUCUUCCUCUUCUUCUUCCUAAAGCAACAAACCCUAUCAUUCUCUAGGGCUAGGCUCAAUCUUUCUCAUAGUUUCAGAGCCUGGUUGGCUACUCACUUAGAGAUUCUUCUACUCCUUUCUCCAAAUUAUGUGUUCUAUUCAACUAUCUUAGACUCACACAAUGUCAGACAUUUGAUGUUAGGCAUUUCUGAACAAGAAACUACUGUAAAUAUAUCUUUUCGUACUGCUACUGCUAUUGAAGCACCUCAUAUACGACCCAUGUACGAAGAUCCACACAACAAUCCAUUUUAUGUAGCUUAGAGUGACAAUUACUUCCUUCCUGUCAUCGGAUUCAAACCCUAUCACACCAAGAACAAACUAGGCUUCGUCCUAGGUACGAUUUUGGUACCCGAUAUCACAGACCCCUUUAAUGGAACUUGAGAUAGGGUUAAUGGUACUGUUUUUGCAGGAAACAUUAGGGUUGCUCCUUAAGUUUGGAAUCACCUGCAUUCUAAGUUUAGUCACAGUGAUUCACUAAGAAUUGCUAGCAUAUAAGAGAAGAUAGAUCUGGCCAAACAAGGAAACCAGACCAUUCAAUAGUACUCUGCCAUUCUCAAACUCCUAUGGGAUAAACACCAAAGGUAUUUACCAAUUCCAUAUUGUGAAUAUGCAUCUAGGACUUAUGAAUCUAUGAUGAAGUAUCAGAAACACAAUUUACUCGGGUUUCUAUAUUUAACAUUAUAUUAAUUAUUAGAAUUAUUAUUGAUAUGAUUAAUAGUCUUUUAGUCGUAUUAGGUUUAUUAAUGGGGUUUUCUAGUCUUCCGCUAUAAAUAUGUAUGUUGGGAUUCAUUCGUUAUAAAUCAAGAAGAAUAUUAAGAUUAUUAAGAAUAAUAUCCCAACCCUAAUCUCUCUAUCCUCUCAAUUCUCUAUCUCUAUCCCUCUAAGGCCUCAGACGAUUUCUAUCUUUCUCUUCUUCUUCCCCAAAUCCCAAUUCUCAAUUGCUAAUCUUCUAUGAAUCCCAAUUAUUAAACCCGAUAGAAAGUUGUUUCUAUCAUGUUGAUGCUAUGAUCCACUACCAUAUUUGGAUAGUGUAUACAGUUAUGUGGUUCAACAUGAAAGACAAUUCAAUGGUACAUCUAACAAAACGGGAAGGUCUGA